AUGGCCGAUCCUGCCGCUGCCUCCGCCUCCUCAUCUUCCGGCCCUUCUGAUGAAUCCAUCUUCCAGCGAUGGCAAAGCAAGUUCUCGCGCUAUUCGGGGAUAGGCGGCAACGAGGGCGACAAACAAGCAUUCUACCGGGAGAGGUGCGAGUACUGGAAGCGGGAGCUCACGAAUUACAGUCCUGCGGUGACAUUCAUGAUGCAACAGCUCAAGCUUGUUGGGGCUGACGUGCACAUCGACGACUUCAUUUGCCUGCCGUGCAAGGACGGAGCCACAGCGGCGGGCUUUGUGCCCGCGGUAGGAGUCAUAAAGGUCUGCCAAGACCGGAUCAAGGACAGGGAGCAUAUGGAGACCACGAUGGCGCACGAGCUCGUGCAUAUGUAUGACCACGCGAAGUUCAAAGUCGAUUGGACGAACCUCCGACACCACGCCUGCAGCGAGAUCCGCGCAAACAGCCUGAGCGGGGAUUGCAAGUGGGGCCGUGAAGCGUUGGGGAGAGGGUUCUUGUUCAAAUUCUCGAAGCAGCACCAGGAAUGCGUGCGGCGACGAGCGAUCACCUCUGUAGCGAGCAAUGCGUCGUGUCCGGACCGGGCGGCGGCGGAGCGAGUCGUCAACGAGGUCUGGGAGAGCUGCUUCAACGACACACGACCGUUUGACGAGGUGCGGAGCGCGACCGAUCUCUUCACACUGGGGGCUGACAGAAGAGCCGGGACAGAUUUAUUAGUGCUCGUGUGCUGCCGAGGGGUUCCAGACGGGGUUCUAGAGACCGUGCUGCGAUGGGCUGCGUAG